UUUGGGUAGAGCCGGAUUUAAUUAUUGGCUAGGUAAGCGUCCUGUAUAAGAAGAAUAGUUUUUUGGAGGCCUCAAGCAAUGGAAAAUGAAAAAUCGCUGAGGAACAGCUUGAACUAAGAGGAAGUGAAAUAAUACUUCGCCAUCACAUCUUUUUGACAUCCAUUUUCUGGGAAAUUUUACAGUGAAAAGAACUCAAAACUUUUGUACUAAAUUCUCCUCUAGAUCGUUUAAAGAAAAAUGGCAUAUCUCCCAAGCAAACAAGUAUAUCUAACUUCCAUGUAUAGAUAAGGACAGCAGAUAGACAUAUGGCUGGAUGCACCAGAAGAGCAUAUAAUAAUCCAUGUUGAUCCUGAUUCCCAAAUAUUAGGCUGGAAGGCCCUAAAAUUUGAUCUCUUGAUGACUUGGAAACAACAAAGAUAUGAUAAAAUGGCCACAAGAAAAGCAUAGGAUCUCCAUCCAGGAAACCAAUGCAUGGUUCAUCAUCAGAUGUCCAGCUCCACAUUUGUGGAGUACCAUUCUCCUUGAAUAGGGAACUUUUGGCUGCAAGAUCUGCAAACUUUUUGCUGAAAGAGAAUCCUGAAGAUGACCUUUCUCAUUUGCUAGGAGAUAUUCCCACUGAUUCUCAAACUUUUGAGCUUGUAGCAAGGUUCUGCUAUGGCUUUGACAUAAACCUAUCACCUGAAAAUGUUAUUAAAGUCCUUUGCCUUGCUCACUAUCUUGGAAUGUCCGAGAUUCACAGCACCAACAACCUCGUGAAGAAGGCUUGUUUCUAUUUUCAAAAUAAUAUCCUUCCUAGCUGGAACAAGUGUAUUAAAGCCCUCAAAUCUGCAGAAACCAUUCUUCAACAAGCCGCGGAUCUUUCCCUGGUUGAUGCCUGUGCAGAGUCCAUUAUCACCAAAGUACUGCAUGAUCCAGGUCUUCUUGGAGAACCCAUUAGGAAUGUAACAACAACGGAUGAUGACAGUGAGAACGAUGAAAAAACCUAUAAGCCAAAUGUGAGGAGGAGGCUCUUUGUUCUUGACUGGAAAUCAGAGGACUUGACACUACUUUCCAUUGCUCUCUACGAGCCUAUUAUUCGUGCAAUGGUUCAUCGGAAAGUCCCACUGGAAUAUGUGGUAUCAUCUCUGUUUCAAUAUCUCAAUAAAUGGGUUUUUCCGGGCACUAAAGGAGAAGAUGAUCCAUCAACUUAUGAGAUGAAUUCUCAGAGAGAGAUCAUUGAGGCAGUGGAGAGAGUGUUGCCUCAAGAAAGGGGGCUGAUCCCUUGUUCUUUGCUCUCUCAAAUGCUGCAAUCCGCGAUAAUCUUGGAAGCUAAUACUGACUGCAAAAGUGGAUUGGAAAUUAGAAUAGGAAAGCAACUAGACCAGGCAACUGUCAAGGACCUCUUAAUACCUGCACAAGGAUAUGCAAAAGAAGAGCAGUAUGAUACUGAAAGUGUGAAAAGGAUAUUGAAGAAUUUCUACAGCAAUUACUCAAGCACGGAUACAUCUGGCCUAAUUGUGGUAGCAGAACUUGUUGAUGACUUCUUGGCUGAGGUUUCUAGUGACAUAGAUUUGAAGUUGAACACGUUCUUAGAACUAGCAGAGUUAUCACAAGCAGCAUCAGGAGGAACUAAUAGAAAUUCUGAUGGAAUGUAUAGAGCAAUUGAUAUAUACUUAGACAAGCACAGAUAUCUAACUGACUGGGAAAGGGAGGAAGUUUGCAGGGUGUUGGAAUGCAGCAAAAUGUCGCCUGAAGCCUGUGAGCAUGCUUCACAGAACGAAAAGCUACCAGUUCGAGUAAUGGUACAGAUUUUAUUUCCUGUGCAGUUGAAGUUGAAGGAUACUGUGGCCAAGAGGAUUCAAAGGGUUCUGAUAACCGAUUGUUGAAGCUGGAAGAAGACCAGGAAGAUGCAAGGGGGACAAGCAGCAGUGAAGAGGAAAUGAUGAAAGCAGAGAUGGAAAAGAUGGGAAGCAAGGUGAUGGAUCUGGAGAAAGAAUGUGAGUUGAUGAGAAGGGAAAUUCAGAGAGG